UUAAAAAAGCGGGAGCCACCGAAAAAUCCCCUAUUAAUGUAUUGAUUAUAGCUCCGGGUCCGUAUAGGUCGGCAUCUGGGUCCAGAUCCGGACCGCGAUCCGCCUGUUGCCGACCCCUGUUCUACAGCAUAUACAAUGAAGAAAGGAACCGUCUUCGCCUCUGAGCGCGGGAACAGAGGAACCAAGAAACAAGCCCACCCAAAGAACCCAACCCUGAGAAUGUGCCACUCUUUAGGGAACCAUACAAGACAAACAAAGGGGAUACUCUUUCCAAUCGAAUCCAGAGGAUGCUGGGUAGUUUUGAAGAUGUGAAUAAUCCCUGUCCCUUAGCCAUUGAGCCUUUACCCAUUCCUACUUAUGUAACCUUCUCACAGUCAGAUCAGGCUCAGCCAAACACAGAUAAACCAGCCAAGCCUCCAUUCCUUAACCAAGUCCACACGUCCAUCCCAAGUCAGAAAGCCCCCUCUUGUAACGGUUACUCCUCUCAGCCCAUGAGGACGUCCACUGCCCCUUCUCCUCCUAACCAGCAUGGACAUUCAUCCACUUUCUCGAAUAGGUCCUUAAACCACAGUCAGCUCGGCCUCUCAGCACAGCAACAAAAGAAGAGUGAAGCCCACUCAGGUCUCAGGGAGUGUGUCAGCCUUCCCCAGGAAAUGUCUUAUCAGUCUCCUGAUGACAAGCGGCCACCCUUCCCACAUUCCAUUGACCAUGAUAACUAUGACACGGACACUAGGGACACCUUUGAUAGACUUCAAGUUCAAGGGUCCACAGAUCACCACCCUGAGUCUGACAGCGCCAUGGAUGUUUCCACAUUUGACCUGAAACAGUCCCCCAAAGAUUCAUCUCUGCCUCAAGCAAACAAAGGUAACACACUACCUUCCCAGACCUUCCCUUCACUCCUGUCGUCGAAGCCGCCCAGCGUAGUCAUGACCCAGAAGCCCACAGCGUAUGUGCGGCCCAUGGAUGGUCAGGACCAUGUGGUCAGCGAGUCACCUAGGCUGAAGCUUUCACCAGAGCCAUAUGUACCUCUACCGGAGAUAAUCAACAAAUCUGCGCUAGGCAAAACCAAGUUGCUGCCACCAUUUUUGGAGACAAGGACAGAUGAGGUUCAGUGUGUCGAAGAAAUCUUGAGGGAAAUGACCCACUCAUGGCCUCCUCUCCUGACAGCCAUACACUCACCGAGCUCAGUAGAACCCUCCAAGUCUCCGUUCCCAGCCAAGGAAGCAGCGUGUCUCUCUUCAUGUCCUGUACAAAAAAACUACAAGUCCCCUCCAGCAAAUCCAUCCCAGCUCAUCAUCAUCACUUGAAGCAGCACAUUCCCGAGGGGUAGAGCCGGCCAGCUCCAGCGACUCAGAGUGUAGCUCAAGAUCAGAGUCGGAAAGUGAAAGCACCAUCGAGGAGCCGCCUCCACCCCCUGUGAGCAUCUCUGUUAAAACCGAGAAUUCGAACGGCACUUAUCAUGGCUGCCACUGAGGGACUUCCGGGUCAUUUCACUCCGUUAGGAAGGUUCCUAAGCUAAAUGGACUAUUCGACUGAAACCCUGGACUUUUACUUGUAACAGAGUAUUCCUACACUCUAGUAUUUCUACUUUUACUUAAGUACAAUAUCUGAGCACUUCUCCCACCUCUGCUAGCUAUUGAAAUCCGUUGUAGCUGUACGCUAAUGUAACUGUCACGACACUCAACACUCAUAGCACUCUCUAUGUUCAUGUGAAGGCACGUCCGGGUUUUCAUUUGGUGCCAAAACUACAGCACCAAUUGCAACAUUUGGCUUUGGCUCAGCAGCCGCCGCCGCCGCCUCAUUCGGAUUUGGCAGUAAGUCCAUAGAUCCGAUGGUCACUAAAGAGGGCACCUCUCCUCAUCUGAGCCCCAAUAAUCAAAGCUACUCGGCUGUGUUGUUGGGCAGUUGUAUUGAAGAGAUCGACUAGGUCUGUCUCAUCCAGAUUUGCAGGAACAGCAACUUAAACACCCACCUGCCACUUCAUUAGGUAGGCUACAUUUAAUGUGUAUUCAAUACAACAAUGCUGCCUCUACAUGCAUAAUAAUGUUCAGUUUACUUUGACACUGUAGGAGAGGUAUCACUUUAAAAACAUUGUUAUGAUUGAGCUAUUAGUAGGCAGUGGUGAUAGACUUGUAUUUAUUACUAAUAUUUUGUCUAUUGUAAGAGAAUAUUUUCAUCUGAUCUGUUUAUAGAGUCUUUUAUGGUUCCUUAGAGUCUGUGAUACUGCAAACAUCUGCUUGUAGUCAGUCAGAGACUUCUCUGUGGGUUGAGGUCACAGGUCAAACGCGUCUCCUAUGUCCGAGGGUUGACCUGGCAGCAUCUCUUUGAGACAAGCAGAUCAUUGUCUUGCAUCGGCUAAUUGAUUAUACGCGGGCUUUCUGGAAGCCCGCCUCUCCUCGUGUUGGUUAGAUGUUUUGUGUCUUUUGGUUCAGAGAGAUCGCUGGUGGAGCACUGGGCAUGUGUGAAACUUAGAUGAUCUCCCCGGCCGUUAUUGUCUGUACUGUGAUCAAUAAAACUCUUCAGUGCUCUUGGCUAACAACGGUUCCAGACUCCUUCAUUCUACCUCAACAUUGCAACAACAGAAGUUUACCUUCACAUUUUGGCGUCUACGAAUAGGAUGCCGAGAUUUCUUCAGAAGGCUGGUGGAAAGGUCCUUUCCAGGUAUUAAUAGUGACCAGAACAGCCCUGAGAGUACAAGGUAGAGCGGAGUGGAUUCACGCUUCAAGAUGUCGUCUCUCUCCUCU